UCUGUCAAGCAAAUUACAAAUUUUCAUACAAAAAAAAAAGAAAUCACAGAAACUACCAUGUCCAAUUAUCGCUCAUUCAACAACGACCAUCUGCGCGACCAUCACGACUAAUUAUAUUAUAUUUUUUAUCCACGAAAAUCUUGAAUAUUUUGCGCGUUUUUUCUUAUCUUAUUCAUAUUAUAUUCAUUCAAAUUCUGACUAAUCAAAUAUACCCCCUAAAUGUACAAACAAAUAAGCGAACCAAGUUUUAUUUUCAUACCAUUCACAAUUUAGAACGGAAGUCAGAGAAAUUUGUGUUGACUCGGACGCCAAAAUUGUAUCUUGUACCUCCUGCAUUGUUGGGUUUUUCGCAUUUUUGUUUUCAACAAAAUUAUAUUUUAAUUGGUUUAACAUUAAUAAGUGUAACAAAAGAAAAACCAACUAAAUUAUCAUGUCUCAAGAAAUUGGUGUUUCCAAAGUGUGUUGCAUUGGUGCUGGCUAUGUUGGUGGUCCAACAUGCAGUGUGAUGGCAUACAAGUGUCCGGGAAUUACUGUCACAGUCGUAGACAAAAGUGUCGAACGUAUAGCUCAAUGGAAUUCUGAUAAACUUCCAAUAUACGAGCCUGGUCUUGAUGACGUCGUGAAAAAAUGCCGAAAUGUUAAUUUAUUCUUUUCAACUGACAUUGAAACUGCCAUCAAAGAAGCUGACUUGAUUUUUAUAUCGGUAAAUACACCAACAAAAACAUUUGGCAAUGGAAAAGGUCGAGCAGCUGAUUUGAAAUAUGUUGAGAGUGCAGCUCGAAUGAUUGCAGAAAUUGCCCAAUCGAAUAAGGUUGUUGUGGAAAAAAGUACAGUACCAGUGCGGGCCGCUGAAAGUAUAAUGCAUAUAUUGCGUGCUAAUCAGAAGCCAGGUGUCCGUUAUGAUAUCCUCUCGAAUCCAGAAUUUCUGGCCGAAGGAACAGCUAUCCAAGACUUGCUUCAUGCUGAUCGUGUCCUUAUCGGAGGUGAAGAAACCCCAGAGGGACAUAAAGCUGUUGAAAAACUCUCAUGGAUCUAUGAACAUUGGAUACCAAAAGAAAAUGUUUUAACAACAAAUACAUGGAGCUCAGAGCUUUCUAAAUUAGCUGCCAAUGCAUUUCUUGCCCAACGAAUCUCUAGUAUUAACUCGUUGUCGGCCGUUUGUGAAGCUACCGGAGCCGAUGUUGCAGAAGUAGCUCGUGCAAUCGGAUUAGACUCCCGAAUCGGUAGGAAAUUUCUUCAAGCGUCUGUGGGCUUUGGUGGAAGUUGUUUUCAAAAAGACAUUCUCAAUUUGGUAUACAUAUGUGAGGGUUUGAAUCUGCCAGAAGUUGCAGCCUACUGGCAACAAGUUAUAAAUAUGAAUGAAUACCAGAAAUCAAGAUUUUCACAAAAGAUAAUAGAAUGCCUCUUCAAUACCGUAUCGGAUAAAAGAAUAUCUAUCUUUGGAUUUGCUUUUAAAAAAGAUACUGGCGAUACACGCGAAACGCCAGCAAUUACUGUGUGCAAGACUCUCCUUGAAGAAGGUGCCAAAUUAGACAUUUACGAUCCAAAGGUCGAACCCGAACAAAUCAUCGAUGAUUUGACACAUCCUUCGGUAACUGAUUCACCGGAAGAUGUCAAGCAGGCAGUACAAAUUCAUAGCGAUCCGUAUAGUGCGGUUCGAGAUACCCAUGCAAUUGUUCUCUGCACCGAAUGGGAUGAGUUUGUUACUCUUGAUUAUAAACGCAUUUACCAGUCAAUGAUGAAACCAGCGUACAUAUUUGAUGGUCGAAAAAUCCUUGACCAUGAGAAACUACUUCAAAUCGGUUUUCAUGUGCAAACAAUCGGUAAACGAUACAAUCGAUCCAGUUUGAUGAGGACAUGGGGCAGUAUUCCUCAACUGUAAAGUAGAAAAAAAAACUUCCAAAAACUGUGUCUCUCUCUCCUACCACAUUCGCUAUACUCGCUCGAGAAAGUAUUUUUAACUGGAUACACUCCAUUAUGAUGACACAAACAAAACAAACACACAGUAUUUUUUGCUAAUUUGUAUGUAUUUAUUUGAUGAUGACUUAAGACCAGAAGUUUUCCCCCACAAGAGUGUCGUUUUAUUCACACACAUUGCAAUUUAACAUUUUUUAUGAUAUUCCUUAAUUUUUGAUCUAUGUAUUUUUAUUUUAUUUAUAUUACGUGGAAACUAUUAUUUCUAUUUGUAUUUGUUUGUAUCUGUUGUGUUCAAUUAAAUUGGCAAAACUUAAAUAAUUUAAAACAAAUAUCAUCAUUAUCUUGCAAUAUGUAGACAUAUAUUUUUUAUUUUAAUAGUUGUUAAGCGCGACAGAAACAAUAUAUAUUAUACAUAAUAUUUUAGAUUAAAAUAAAUAAAUUUUAUUUUUCACUAAAUGAACAAAUGAAAACAAAACAAAAAUUGUAUUUUUUAAA